AGUGUAUUGAAGGAAAAACAGCCAAAUACCAAUUCACAACAACAAAUUGCCCAAAUUUCAAGCAAAAACAUUGAAACUCCUAAAUCAAGCGAAGAAAGUUAUAUUCAAAAGCAACCAAACACUCAAAAGCCACGACCCACGACAAAAUCCUCGCACGAGUCGCUCGGUGACGAGCGAAAUGUCGUCGGCAUUGGUGGUCAUGUUAUGAACUCAGGAGACAGUGCGGGACACGUUAGGAUAACUGAUGUGGACAAUAGUACAGGAAGCUUUGGGACAAAGUUAUAG